AUGGAAGCAGGUGGGGCGGAGGUCAUCUCGCAUAUUGUCGAUUUUGGCUCCGGGCAGAAUUACCUGGGCAGGACAUUGGCGAGCCCGUUGUAUAAUCGGCAGAUUAUCGCUAUUGAACGCAGGCAGAAUAAUAUUAGCGGCGCGAUGGGGAAGGAUGUGCUUGCAAAGUUGAAGAAGAAUAAGACCAAAAUGAAGAACCAAGGGAAGAAGGAGAACGCGAGUGGUGUUGUUGAGGUUGCGGCAGAGUCUGACUCUGCUGUGUCGACAUCACGAAAUGGGGAGGAGGUUCGGGUUGAGGAUGGGAAGGAGGAUGUGAUUGAUCUUGAUAUGGGGGGGUGUGUUGGCCGCAAUAAUGGCCGGACUACAUAUAACGCUGUGGCAAAGGAGAAACAUGGUUCUAAAGGGUCUAUGGAUUAUAUCGAACAUGAUAUCCAAAAUGGAUACCUGGAGGCCAUAGUCAGGCAUGUCGUGGAACCAUCAUCUCCUCCAAGCCCAAACGGUCAAAAUCCACAAAGUCAACGUACAUGCAAAUAUCCAAAUUCGCCUCCCAGCUCCGAAAGCAAUACCAAACCCGCCCGCGUGAUGGUCAUCUCCCUCCACUCUUGUGGCAACCUCGUCCACCACGGCAUCCGCUCCCUCAUCCUCAACCCCUCCGUCACCGCCAUCGCCAUGAUCGGCUGCUGCUACAACCUCAUGACCGAACGCCUCGGUCCUGCAACCUACAAACUCCCCAUCCUCCGUUCCCUCCACCCUCGCCUCGAAGCCACGUCAAAUGCCUACGACCCACACGGAUUCCCCAUGAGCAAGAAGCUCGAAACGUACAGGCACGAGGGCGGUACAGGGAUCAAGUUGAACAUCACCGCGCGCAUGAUGGCUGUCCAGGCGCCUUAUAACUGGGGCCCGAAGGAUAGCGAGAUUUUCUUCACAAGACACUUUUACCGCGCGCUGUUGCAGCGGGUGCUGGUGGAUUAUGGCGUUGUGCCUGUUCCCGGGAUUGGGGGUCCAAUUGGCGAUGUACCCUUGGAAGGCGGAGGCAAGGCGGAGGAAGUGGCCAGCGGUACGCCGUUGAUUGUAGGAUCGAUGCGUAAGGCUGCGUUCGUUUCGUUUGCCGCAUAUGCGCACGCAGCUAUUGAGAAGUUAUCGCGGGAUGCGCAUUACGGGGGGGCGAUUCGGGAAAAGCGGUAUGAGGCGCGGUAUGCAGUGUAUCGGAAGAAUUUGAGCAUUGUGUGGAGUCUCAUGGCGUUUAGUGCUGGGGUUGUGGAAUCAGUGAUUGUGGCGGAUCGGUGGCUGUUUCUGCGUGAGCAGGCUGAGGUGAAGGAGGCGUGGGUGGAGGCGGUGUUUGACUAUCAGCAAAGCCCAAGGAAUUUGGUUGUUGUUGGGAUUAAGGGGUGA